AUGACUUACACAACUUUCCAUGAAUUUAUGGAGCAGAACAUUUUUCAACCAUAUCCACCGAAGCUUGUGUUCCAAAACUUCACUGCAGGAGAGACAUACAAGUUACCUCUGCAGCUCUUUAAUAGGGACAACGUUUCAAAAUAUGUGAAGCUGGAGCUGCCAGAAACCAAGUACUUCCAAGUCACCAGUCCAGAGAAUGCAACUGGAAAAGUUGCUCCUGGGUUGUCUGCAAAUUUUACAAUUGUUUUCACCCCACAAGAAAACAAGGACUAUCAACAUCAUCUGGUUUGUGUCACUGAAAAAAAAAGCUUUGAGAUCCCAAUUGUUGCCAUUGGACCCCGUGCCAUUCUGGAUUUUCGAGAUGAGCUCUUCCUACCAGUCUGCCCUGUGAAAGCAACUUCAGAGAAAACUGUGCUUGUACGGAAUGUUGGAAACUGCAAAGCAAACUUCAAACUUCAAACUAAAGGUGAGCAGACUGUAUCCCUCACAAACACCAGUGGUGUCCCACUGCAGUACCACUGGACGACACAUCCCAGCCGUAGCAAGCAGGACAUGCCCAGGGGCACCCUGCUCCACCCCAGGGAGCAGCAGGAGGCUUUUCUGAAUGAGCCUAACCCUGCAAUCAUCCAUGGUUCUGAACUUCUGUCUACCGCUGCCCAAGACCCACUUCCUGACUUUUCAAAUGAUUGUGCCAUUACUCUGGAGCCAACGGCAGGUGAAAUAUGGCCAAAUGUUACUAUAGAGUUCCUCAUCAUCUUCAAACCAGACACAGCUGGUCUUUACCGGCAGACCUUAUAUUGUGAUGUUACAGAACUCAAUUUUGGAGACGUGGCAUAUGGGUUUCCAGCGGCUUCCAUUUGCACACUUUUCAACCAAUCAUUUGUGCCAAUGACAUUUUCCCUGCGUGUGCUUGGGGAUGGGUCAGGACCCCCCAGUGUGUCUUGUGUUCAGCAGUUGAAUGAAAAGUCUAGAAGCCAGUGGCAGAGUUGUACAGCUAAAGACCGUCGUGUGAGGCCGAAAGAAUUCAUUGUCAGCCCCCAGACAGACUGUGUUCGCGCCAUGUCACAAGUCAACAUCAAGAGACAGAGAAAGUCCUUCUGGCAUGUGGAGCCCAAAGAGGGGGAGGUGCCAGCCAAUAGCCAGCUGGAGCUCCGCGUCGUGGCGCAUCUGAAGGAUACGCUUCUCUUUGAAGACAAACUGGACGUGUCAGUUCAGGACAGUGGCACUCUAACGGUCUCUGUGAAGGGAAUUGGCACUGGCUACACCUUAGUCAGCAAUAAACCAUUUGCCCCGAGUCUUGAUCUAGGGGCACACUUUAGGUACGCUCAUCCCAAAUGUGAUGUUGAGUUGUGUUGA